AUCAAUUGAUAAGAUUAGUCUAAAACAUUAUCAAUAGUCCAUCCUUCACAUCGCAUGAGCAAAAUCCAUUUUUUAGUAUCAAGUGUAGAGUUAUUUCUUCAGAAAUGGGCUUGAGUAAGAAUUUAUUCUACAUAGCAGCUAUUCUAGCAGUGUUUUUAUGUUUGUUUGUUGAUGAUUCAGAGAGUAGGAGGACUAUUCUGAAAGGCAGGAGAACUCUAACCAGGACUUAUUUUUAUGACUCAAUACUCCCAGCAUGGAUUGUGGUUCUACUAAUUGCAUUGGGAGAAAUCAUAUUGGGUGGUAUUCUUUAUAUCAUACUAAAACGGGUUAUGAUUGACCCUCCUAUAGCUGGUUUCUACAGUGUUCAACGUGGAGAUGCAGCAUCUUUGAGAUCAUAAAACAAAAUGAUGUAAACAGUUUGUAAUUUUUUUUAAUAAAGAUAUAAUUAUAA